CUUGGGGGGUGGGGGGGGCUUUGCUUAUUUUACAUUCCUCCAAUCAUCCUUCACCGUUGAGGAUGCCCCGGUGGGUCGCGGUCCCAGGAAGCCCGCAGCAUCCUGUCUUUCCUUUCGGUGCCGUUGGAUAUUUCGCACUUGAGGCUUAAGUCGUUUGCCUGGGCACACCUGUGUGUGGCUGAUUGGAGAAACCAGGGUUGACUCAAUGGAUCAAUUUGACACCCUCGAAAAACACACCCAAUGGGGAAUCGACAUUCUAGAAAAAUACAUCAAAUUUGUCAAGGAUCGGACGGAGAUCGAAAUCAAUUAUGCAAAGCAGCUUAGGAACCUCGCAAAGAAAUACCAGCCCAAAAAGAAUUCCAAAGAAGAGGAUGAAUACAUGUAUUCAUCUUGUCAAGCUUUCCUGGCAACUUUGAACGAAAUGAACGAUUACGCCGGUCAGCACGAAGUCAUUUCCGAGAACAUGACUUCCCAAAUCACCACCGAGUUAGCCCGUUACGUACAAGAACUCAAGCAGGAAAGGAAAUCGGCCCGCCAGCAAGCCCAGGUGCGUCACCAGAUGGCCGAAGAGAGCAAAGGAGAGUACCUCUCCACCUUACAGAGGUUCAACCAGGAGCAACGAGAACAUUACCACACGCACAUCCCCACCAUUUUCCAGAAAAUCCAAGACAUGGAAGAGAGGCGGAUCAUCAGAAUAGGGGAAUCCAUGAAGACGUUUGCCGAGGUGGAUCGCCAGGUGACGCCCAUCAUCGGAAAGUGCCUGGACGAGAUCACCAAGGCCGUGGACUCCAUUGACCCGAAGCACGUAAGUGGGAAGCUUCCUUCAGAACUAGGAUCACACCUGGGUUGUGGAGGUGGUGAUAUUUAACCCUGUUCUUCAGGUGUAAGCCGUAGAGUUGGUGCGGUGGCCUAGAGGUGGCGCUCUCGCCUCACCA